AUGCCUCACCCGCGUAUCCACGGAUUCGCCGCCCUCAAGAAGCGUGCUAACCAGCCUGAAAACCAAGAUGUUCGACUGGAGACCGAACAGAAAGGCAUCACCAUGGUAGAGAGCAUGACUCUUCGAGCCGUCAACAACGAGAAGACCUCCGGACUGCGCCUCAUAAACAAUUCUCUUGGUGGGGGGCGCCAGGAGAACGUCGUCGCCAAAGUCCCUGGGGUGGAGGGCACGUAUGCAGCCGUGAUCGACAACGCGGAAAGUCUUCUCGAUGCAUACAAGAUGCUCCCACGAGGAAAGAUUAGCGUGAUCUUCGCUGUGCCUCCUAACGGGUCGGGGGCCAGUAUGACCUCCACGGAAAUCCCGUGGUCUGUCUUGAAGGCGGCAGAGGAGCAAGAUGUCGUGGCAACAGAGAGCGCAAUUGAUGCAGUCGAAGCACCUGACGACGAUGAAACUGUGGUGGGAGACGACGAGACCGUCGUCGGAGAGGAUGACCGCCCCAAGAAGGAAGAUGUCAAAGAGAAUAACGAGACGACACCGGAGCCAACUACCACCAUCACGCCUGCGACCGACCCGGAAGUUCUGUAUCCUGACCUGGCUGGUUUGUUGAUCUAA